GAAACUCACAGCAGCUAAAAAGGUAAAAUAAAGAGUGGAUAAUUUAUAAGGUUUAACCAACAUGCAGGGACCAAAGUUAAUGACGUUUUUGGUGAAUUAGCGCAGUUACGUCGUCACAGAGGUGUUGCCUCAAGACCAGAUGACCACCUGAACUCUUCGGUGCAUGAUCACGGCUGAGAUGGACCUGGAUCUGAGCAGGUCCAGACAUAAUUUAGGUCUUCCUUUUGAGAUUUCUCCCUCCAGCAUGCUUGCUCAAGGAGCCCAGAAACCUCCAACAUGUCAGACCCUGACCCAGCUGCAGUAGAGGAAAGGACAGCUGCAGGGAGGUGUCCUGGUCCUGCCCGUCCGCCCCUGGCAGAGAAGGCCCUGUCAGAGGCCUUUGCCCGGCUGAGGUACCGUGACACCUCCCUGCUCAUCUGGCAGCAGCAGCAGCAGGACCUGCUGACCGCCCCUCCAUCCAACUACCUGAGCCGCAGCCAAUCAGCCUGGUACAGCAGCUUCGGUAAUCAGGCCGUGGUGGUUCGGAACAAGAGGGACCUGGAGGAUACAGAGGGACGUUCCAGGAUCUGCAGCGUCAUGUGAUCAAAAAAGCAUCAACCUGAAAGGACUGGAAACUGUGACUGAACUCCACUCUGAGAUUUUAAUGCUCCAGCAGCAUCCCAUUAAGAGGUCAACCUUUUCCAACAGAUUUCAUAAAAAGCAGCAUUAUUUGGCUCUUGAUACAUGUAAUCCAGACGUUUUUAAAAGUAAAAGUGAAGCUUUCCCUGCAGUGUGAGUAUCUUGGAGCUAAAGGUAUUUUCCUCUCUAAACUCAGAUGUCUUCAUUUCUGAGUAUUUUCACUACUUCAAAGAAAAAGCAGUUUCAAAGUCAAUCAUAUAAUAAUUCACAGAGCCCACCAAAGCAAUGCCAUCUUGUAUAUAUAUAUUUUUAAACUUUAUAUUUUUACAGAAAAAUGUUAUAUUCUACUCUAUGUUUUCUAAGUUUAAGCAAAAAUGUAUUUUUAGAUUGUUCUUUGAGGGAAACACAAAAUAAGUGGGCUUCGUGUUUUGUGAACAGCUAUUAUAUGGUAGUUCAAACUUAUUUUAACUCCAGUUCUAGUCACAGCUGGGGGAGUAUGGCUUAUGGGCAUUGUGGGCAAUGUAGGAGCUGUAAAAGGUUCCUUUUUAAGUAUUUUUGAUGCAAACAGCAGUGUUAUGGUUUGAUUCCAGAGUCUUUUGUUAACUGCAUCAAUAAACAUCUUUUUUGUGAGACAU